GAAGGACAUUCAGUCGUUUCCUGGUCGUGACGGUUUCAGGUCGUAAUAAUCAACUCUUUGUUCCCGGUAGGCACCAAGUGCAAAGUCCGAAGCAGACAAGAUGUGUGACGACGAUGAUGGAGGUCUUGUUGUUGAUAAUGGAUCUGGAAUGGUCAAGGCUGGUUUCGCCGGAGAUGACGCUCCCCGUUCCGUAUUUCCGUCGAUCGUUGGUCGUCCCCGUCACCAGGGUGUGAUGGUCGGUAUGGGCAACAAGGAUUCGUACGUCGGUGAUGAGGCUCAAUCCAAGCGUGGUAUUCUUACUCUGAAAUACCCGAUCGAACAUGGAAUCAUCACCAACUGGGAUGAUAUGGAGAAGAUUUGGCAUCACACCUUCUACAAUGAGCUGCGUGUUGCCCCAGAGGAGCACCCGAUCCUGCUGACCGAAGCUCCGCUGAACCCGAAGGCCAACCGUGAGAAGAUGACUCAGAUCAUGUUUGAAACCUUCAACUCGCCAGCCAUGUAUGUCGCCAUCCAGGCUGUCCUGUCCCUGUAUGCCUCCGGUCGUACCACCGGUAUUGUUCUGGAUUCCGGAGACGGUGUUUCGCACACUGUCCCAAUCUAUGAAGGUUAUGCUCUGCCACAUGCCAUCCUCCGUUUGGAUUUGGCCGGUCGUGAUUUGACUGCCUACCUCAUGAAGAUCCUGACCGAACGCGGUUACUCUUUCACCACCACCGCCGAGCGUGAAAUCGUUCGCGAUGUGAAGGAAAAACUGUGCUACGUGGCUCUGGACUUCGAGCAGGAAAUGGCCACUGCUGCCGCUUCUACUUCACUGGAAAAGUCCUAUGAACUUCCUGACGGUCAGGUCAUCACCAUCGGUAACGAGCGUUUCCGUGCUCCGGAGGCCCUGUUCCAGCCAUCCUUCUUGGGAAUGGAAGCUGCCGGUGUCCAUGAGACUGUGUACAACUCGAUCAUGAAGUGCGAUGUCGACAUCCGUAAGGAUCUGUACGCCAACACUGUCAUGUCCGGUGGUACCACCAUGUACCCAGGUAUUGCUGAUCGCAUGCAGAAGGAAAUCACCGCUCUGGCUCCAUCGACCAUCAAGAUCAAGAUCAUCGCCCCUCCGGAGCGUAAGUACUCCGUCUGGAUCGGUGGAUCUAUCCUGGCCUCCCUGUCCACCUUCCAGUCGAUGUGGAUCUCCAAGGAGGAAUACGAUGAAUCUGGUCCAUCCAUCGUCCACCGCAAGUGCUUCUAAGUCUGAAAACCCACCGCUUCAGCUGUCUGAGCGGCAGCGGAAUGAAGCAGCUUUGAUAUCAUUAUUUCACUGUUAAACAUCCUCAUCGCCCUAUGUAGAUUAUUUAAAUUUAAAAAAAAAACGAGAAUAAAACAUUUCGGGUUUCCUUAAAACGUC